AUGCAGACAUACUUGCCGUUCAACACAUUAUCAAGCUGGGCCUGGCACAACGACUCGCUCCCGGCAAACGGUGAACUACCAUCCCAAUACAAGGGUGUCAUGCGUGAGACGUAUGGAAAAGAAGUAUAUUAUGACAUUCCGGACCCUAAGUUGAAGCAGGCAACUCAAUGGCUCAUCAGUAACCCGAACCGAGUGAAUCUGGGUCGCAUUGGUCUCAUGUACCAAGGAAGUACACUCAAUGAGUCCUUGAUCUCGGAGUCGGAGCAAGAGCUGGAUUUGUGGAACGGUACCAUCACAUCCACGUUCAAGGUAAACGGGGAAGACGUGAAGCUCGUUACCCAAGGUGACUUUGAGUCUGAUGCUGUGGCAUUCACUGUUACGUCCGAAUUGGUUAGAAAUGGAGACUUGCAGGUCGAGUUGGACUUUCCGUAUCCUCCCAUUCACAGUACCAAGUAUAAAUACGAGGUCUUUGUAGGUGUAUACGACUUCCCGCUCAACCACACCACUACAAUCACUGAAGAUCGUGCCGACCGCACCUCAGCGCAUAUCAGGCAUGAGAUACAAGAACUACAGUACUUUGCAAAUUUGCGAUGGCCGACGGAGAUACCACUAAAGCUAACUCGCAAUGAGCCGCCAAUAUCAACAGCCAUCACGGCACACCAGUACACCUUGAGAACUGUCUCGGAAUCUUCUUCGAUGGCAUUCACCGCCCACUUUUCACCAGACCAAUACGUACCCCAACUCCCUGCCGAAGUCAUGGGAACCAAUAUACAAGCAUGGAACGAGUACUGGGAAGAGGGCGGUUUUGUAGACCUGACUGCAUCCUCCGAUCUCAACGCUACCGAACUCCAGCGCCGCAUCAUCCAGUCGCAGUAUCACGUCCGCGUGAACAGCGCAGCCGAAGGCCAGUCACCCCAGGAAAGCGGUUUAAUGAACAAUGGUUGGUAUGGCAAGUUUCAUAUGGAGAUGGUAAUCUGGCACAACGCUCAUUGGGCAACAUGGGGAAAGCAAAAGUACUUUGACAACGUCUUCCCGGCACUUUAUGAGACACUUCUGCCCUCUUCACUUGCUCGAGCGCAGUACAUGGGGUGGGAAGGGGCUCGAUGGCCGAAGAUGACAGACCCGUGGACCGGUGUUAGCUCGCCCGGCGACGUCAACGCCCAGCUCAUAUGGCAACAACCGCAUCCUUUUUACCUCGCAAACCUAGCUUAUGCAGCAAAUCCCACGGUGAAUACACUAGAGAAGUGGGAUAAGGUCCUGACCGCUACAGCCGACUACAUGGCAUCUUACCCUAACCUAAACACCACAACCAAUAAGUACGACCUCGGGCCCCCAACCUACGGCGUCACAGAAAACACUCCCCCAAACUCUACCCGUAACCUAGCAUACGAGCUAGCAUACUGGCGCUACGGUCUUGACGCCGCCGCACAAUGGAAGCGCAGACUCAACCAAUAUGUGCCUAAAAAAUGGACACACGUCGCGCAGAACCUAGCUCUACCUCCUCGAGCAGACGAUGGCCUAUAUACCGUCUAUGAAGGACUCAACAGCUCUUGGUGGAAUGACUCAAAACUCACCAGCGACCCCCGCAGCCUCAUCAUGAUGCAAGGCAUCCUGCCCCCAACCCCCGCUGUAGAUCCCUCCGUCGCCCUUCGCACCGCGAACAAAGUCUGGGAGAUAUGGAGUGAUGACAAGAUCCGCGGCUGGGGCAGCCCCGUCCUCGCCAUCAAUAAUGCGCGAAUAGGGAAUCCAGAGCGUGCGAUAUACCACUUGACAGCGUUUGAUACAUGGAGGUUUGACGACGCGGGGUUUGCUAUUCGCGGUGGUGAUGGGGGUACUCCGCCGCCGUUCUUGCCUGGAAAUGCGGGAUUCUUGUUUGCGGUUGCGUAUUGCGUAGUUGGUUGGCAGGGGAGUGGAGAGGAUGAGACGCCCGGGUUUCCUAGGGAUGGGUCCUGGGUUGUGAGGCAGGAGGGGUUGAAGAAGGCGUUGUGA